GGAGCGACAUCGUGUAGUCAGUAGUGUGUGGCAUUACGGGGCGAGGAACGUAACGGGAAACGGGACGUGGUGCGUGUGAAGGCGUCGUGGACUAGAACCGUCCGAAAAUGACGACGGUGGCGAUUUCCCCAGCUAUGGCUCAUAAUAACAGCGGAAUAAUACAAGUGGUGAACGAAAGUAAUCUAAACAAGAUCGAGAGCUUCCUCAACGACACGGCUUACAGAGAAGCCAUUGAGAAUUCCUCCAAUUAUAAUAGCCGAUUAUGCCGAGAACGACGUCUUCGCAUGCCCUUCCUCGAUUCACAAACGGGUGUUGCACAAAAUCAUUCUGCACUUUUUAUGUCCUCGAGAGAAAGAUUACCAGGCUUGUUACAUGGUCAGAUUUAUACUUAUCCAAGUAAACGAUGGCGAAAGAAACGUCGACAAUAUUUAAUGCAUUAUUUACAUCCAAAACGAGGACUAAGAGGAGAUACAGAAGAUGGAACAGAAGGUGUAGAAACUAUUAUGCAUGUAAAUGAUGAUAGCAAAGAUUCAGUAGCACUUAAAGAUGAACACAGUAAAGAUGCUUGGUAUUAUGACGAGCAAGAUAUGUUAGACAUGGAUGCCUAUGAAGAACCUGAUCCUGAUAGCGAUUAUGAUUAUGAAGAGAGUUACAGCAGUAAACGAAAACGCAGAAAAACACGCGGAGGUGGUCAUCAUCCAGCUCGUAGUCAUCCACCUACCACAGAUAGUCCAGGCGGCAAACGUACAAAAGGUGGUGGCCGUGGACGCAAAAAGACCAACUACGACUCUGUUGACACUGAUAAACCGUUCGUUUGUGACCUAUGCAGCGCACGGUAUAAGACCAGACCCGGUCUGGUCUACCAUUACGGUCAUUCCCACUCUACUUCCUCCGGUGAUCCUGCUAAGGAACUAAGUCCCAGUCCUGCCGAAGUUGAACCUAGGAGCGUUGCAGACACCGCUGCUUCGAACCAGCCAGGUGGUACACGUCGGGGUCGUCAGAACGCUACUUCCUCGAAUACCUCGAGUCCUUCCCCGGCGGCGCCUACCGCCGCACCCACUACGGGAACGGCGUCGCAGCCGCAGCAGUCGCAACAGCAGCUGCAAUCGACCGUGCAGACGCCCGUCGCUCCGGCGUCACCUACCAUCCCACCGACCAAGGAAGAUCAUCUACCGACGGCGUCUUCGCCAGGCGGUACCGCCGUCUCUUCGCUGCCGCCCGUGGAAACCGCAGGCGCCACGGGCGGGCCACCCACACCCGGAGGACCGUCCGCGGAGAAGAAGAUCGGCGGUGGCAAGUCGUCGGCAGCGCAGCCAUCCCCGUACUGCGACUUCUGCCUGGGUGAUGCACGUGAAAACAAGAAGACCGGUGGUUCCGAGGAGCUGGUGUCGUGCAGCGAUUGCGGCCGCUCAGCUGUUAAUAUCGUGAAAGACAUUAAGUAAUUCGUUAAUUUUACGAGCAAGCAAGCAAGCAAGCGUACGUGCCCUUCCUUACGCAAAGAGGAUCUCGCUGUUCUUCAUUCGUGUAUUCCAAACGUACCUACAAUUGUUAAACGUGCAAUCGAGAUGUUUAGAAUUAUCUGUUACAUUUGUAUAAUCCUUUUUUGCUUUUUCGUUAAUGCGUUAAUCACGAACGAACGGUAUAUGUACGCGUAGCCGUUAAAAGUGUGAAGUGUCCAAUUAUCAGCUUUUACAGAUCACGUCUCUUUAAUAUGCCUUAGAUUUACCGAGAUACGGGGGAUAACUUUUUGAGUUGUAUAGGGUUACAGUUGUCGCGUGACGCAUUUUGUCACUGCCGCUGAGGGUAGUAGAAAGCCUGAAAGCCAUGCUGUUGCAACUGGGUGCAAUAAUUAAAGAAGAGAAGCAUUCAAUUAUCUGCACAGUGUAGAUCAAACGGUUACGAGCUUUACAUACACUAGUCAAGGCGAGGAAUACAAAACAUCGUUUUGUCAAUGGUGCAACUUGUCGCAUCUGAGUAAUAGGAAUUUUCAGGAAUUCCUUUACUACGCGAAUUUGCUGUGAUUUAUAGUAUCUCAAUGAUUAGUUCUAAGAUAUAUUGAAUCGGUAACACGUAAUUAUUACGGGAGAAAAAAGAGUGUACGAAACUAAAAAGUCUUCAUCUGAAGUCAAAUUUUCGUCGUGUGUGUGUAUGCGUGAUUGGACAUCGGUUAGCAAAUCGAUCGUCUGUUUUUUUCGCGGAAUUUACGCAAAUUUGUUGAAAUUCCUGUUGCACAGUACCACCAGAGCACGUAUUGAGGAGGAUGUAUUUGUCUUCUGUUUGACAGUGUAUUCCGAUAUUUUCGUUAUUGUGUUAGAAAUCAAAAGAGAAGGAGGCGACGCACGGCGUGAGAAACGCACCGGCAGAUUUAGAAGAAUUUUAGAUGCAAUAUAUAUAUAUAUAUAUAUAAAUAUAUAUACAUAUACUUUAUAUAUCCAGCACAAUCAUGAGAAUCGUUUUAAUGAAAGCAACGUAUUUAUUGUAAGAUAACGAGAAGUGUUGAUCGCGUCACAUUUCAAUAUUUCUACGUUUUCCGAACGCUUGUAAAUAUAAUACUUUGGUGGCUUUGCGUUUGUUGAAUAUUAUGAGGUUUUAGAUGAUACGAGCUAAGAGCGCAGCGCAGAAAAAGGAAUAACGAAAGAGAAGAGAGUGCAAUUCUAAGGAUCUCCGUACCUUCCGCGACUUUGAAAGGAUUUUGAGUAAAAGAUUAAGUAACGACCGAGUAGAAAUGAUGUUUUAUCUAUUACGAUAAUUUCGAUUGGUACUUGUUUAAUGACUCGUUGAUGUGUUCAUUAUAUUUAUUUUUCUAAUUGAAAAAUAAAUCUCUCCGUAUCUCUCAGAAAUAUUGAGCAGGGAUUCGUAGAAAUGAGAGAGACGUUCGCUAUAACGUGAGAUAUGCAUUUUACAUAGCCGUGUAAAAUGUGCCGUGUAACAAUCUUUUGUUGAAUAGCAAAACUGUGUAUUUUGAGUAACAAUUUGUCUCUCGGACAACUUAUUACUCAAGAAGCCUCAUUUUACAUUCUCACAUAAGCUAGAUUACGAUUAUUAAUGUUUUCCAUGUAGAGCGCUUUAUGUGAGAUGGUAUUCUGAGGUAGAGAAUUUAUUUUUUAAUUGUAUAACAUAAUGUUAAAUGUGUAUCGCGGUGAUGUAUCGGAUUUCGUUGUAAAGAUGAAAAAAGUAAAAGAAAAACGCGAUCGCGCGCGUUCUUGUUUAAUCAGAACUGCUCGUUAAUUUUUUCUAAUAUGUCGCACAUUCCAUUGUAUCUGCCGCUCUUAAUUACCUUUAGUUGUGGGCAUUAGCUUCUCCGACCUAAUAUA